CUUGCCACGAUUAGUCAGUUUCAGUCCGUUUUGUUGUCGUAUAAUCGCGUUUACAUACUAAGUUGUUUUUAAACGAAAUUUUAGUGAAAUUUUGAGUUCCGCAGGUCGCUUAUCCGAGAAACGAGAUGCCACGGGAUACGCGGAACACCCUCCACGCGGAACUUUGCGACGAGUGAAGCUGGAACACAGGAUUACCGUGUAAUCACGUUCGAGAUUGAGAUCACAUCUCUUUCCAAUUAAAUGGUGAUUAUCGGUGCCAUGGAGAGAAGGAUAAAACUAAAAACCUUAAACAGUCACAUAACAUGCAAAAUAUGUCGCGGAUAUUUGAUAGAUGCUACCACUGUCACGGAAUGUUUACAUACAUUCUGCAAGAGUUGCUUGGUGAAGCAUCUGGAAGAGAAACAUACCUGUCCGACAUGUCAAAUUGUCAUACAUCAGUCGCAUCCGCUUCAAUAUAUCAGCUUUGACAGAACUAUGCAGGAUAUCGUCUACAAAUUAGUUCCUGAUCUUCAAGAGAAUGAAAUCAAAAGGGAGAGAGAAUUUUACAGAGCCAGAGGUUUGGCUUGUCCCAAAGACAUUUUACCUAAUGCUGGUGAAGUUGAAGAAGAAAGGGCCAAUGCAGACGCACAUGCAGAAUCGGAUUAUCAUCGUACCGAUGAACAGGUUAACGUAUGUUUGGAAUGUAUGAAUGCUAGUUUGAAGACUUUGAAAAGAAGAUUUAUCAGAUGUUCGGCUCAGGCUACAAUAACACAUAUGAAAAAGUUUAUCGCAAAGAAGGUUUUGAGUGGUAUGGAAAAAUAUAGGGAUAUCGAUAUUUUGUGCAAUAACGAGUUAUUAGGUAAGGACCAUACAUUGAAAUUUGUUUAUGUGACGAGAUGGAGGUUCCGGGACCCACCUUUGAGGCUACAAUAUAGAUCGCACAUAGAUAUGCAAGAUUAAUCUUUCUAUACAUUCGAGAUAUACUAAAGAUCACGCAAAAUCUGCCCCUACAUUUGUACAAUUUCUAGAUAUAUUUCCAUCUUAACUAUCGUAGUAUUUAUUUCUAUGUUUAACUCUGCAAAGCGUUUAUGCCGAGUUUUAAUAAGAUAAUUUCGAUUAUUGUAAAAGCAGAAUGAUACGCCGCUAUGUUAUAUUACUCGAUCACACUAUUAGUAAUAGCGACAUUCCGUUAUGAAUAUCGAGAUAUCGAUAAAAUAAUGCGGAUGCUGUCAUAAUGAAUCGAAGAUUGUUUCUGUCAUGUGAUCGGGAUCUUUGUCAUACCGAAUUAUGUUUAGCUUAAAAUCUGAAUUCUUAAAUCUUUAUUCUUAGAGAGCACAAGAUCUUUAGUAGCACGUUUGAUAAUGUUUAAGUGUGACACAUAACACAUUGGGGGAAACAUUGCGAUAUCUUAAGGGAAAAGGAAAUCUGUAUUUCUAAUAUGCGGUGAUAUGUGUACAAGUCUUUCUUUGUAAAUAUUUAAUUACCACCGCAUUGUGUAUGGAUUCUGGGCCUUCAUUCUUUCGGCGAAUGUGCCCAUAAUCUUUUCUCCUAAAGUGCAAAAAAUGCUGAAGAGCAAAGACAUUUUACGACGAAACAAAACCGCAGAUCCUCAUUUUGUGAGAAGAUAUAUUUCUUUUCUACAUACGCAUAUCCAUUUGUGUAUAUAUAGAAUAUUUUUGACAGAAUUUGAACACACACAACAUAUUGCGCAAGCUUUGUAUUAGAUAAAAUUAAAAUAAUAAUAUAAAAGGAAAAAGUAAAUCGGGUCGGAAUAGUGUGUCGGGCCUUUUUAACUUUGUAUGUUUAUGCGCCGUACAUAUUCUAAUCGCGUCUCGAGUUUCUCUCAACACCGGUUUGCCAUUGGAAAAGAGAGAGAUUAUUAUUCGAUAUAUUUUCUAGAAAUUCGUCAUUUGAUAACGCGUUGUGUUGAGCGAAAUGCGCGACGCUCGUCGCUUGUAGUAAAAUAAUGUUGUUUUAUCUGACGUUAUAUAUUAAAACCUUCAGAAACCGGCAAAUCGAUUUUUCGGCUCUGAUUCAGAUAGCCGAAACUAAUCUCAGUUUCUUUAGACUUCUAGAAUAUAUUAUAACUUUGAUAAGUUACGUUUGAAAGUUCAAAGUUCUGGAAAGAUCGUCAGAAACAUCAUCCGGUUUCUAAAGGUUGAAAAAAAA